GGGGUCGGUAAAUAUUGGUGACGUCAGGCCGCCAAGAUGGCGGAGGGGGAGGACGGGGGCUGGUGGCGGAGCUGGCUGCAGCAGAGCUACCAGGCCGUCAAGGAGAAGUCCACAGAAGCUUUGGAAUUCAUGAAACGGGACCUGGCUGAGUUCACCCAAGUUGUGCAGCAUGACACAGCCUGCACUAUCGCCGCUACGGCCAGCGUGGUCAAGGACAAGCUGGCAAGGACAGAAGGUUCCUCAGGUGCAACUGAAAAGGUGAGGAAAGGGCUCUCUGACUUCCUGGGUGUCAUCUCAGACACAUUUGCUCCCUCUCCGGAUAAGACCAUUGACUGUGAUGUCAUCACACUGAUGGCAACACCCACAGGUACCACAGAGCCCUAUGACAGUGCCAAGGCUCGUCUCUACAGCCUCCAGUCAGACCCAGCCACCUACUGCAAUGAACCUGAUGGCCCUGCUGAGCUCCUCGAGGCCUGGCUCUCUCAGUUUAACCUCGAGGAGAAGAAAGGGGAGAUCGCGGAGCUCCUGGCGACCAGCCCUUCCAUCCGUGCUCUCUACACCAAAAUGGUGCCUGUGGCUGUUUCCCACUCUGAAUUCUGGCAGCGCUACUUCUAUAAAGUGCAUCGCCUGGAGCAGGAUGAAGCCAGGAGGGAGGCUCUGAAGCAGCGAGCGGAGCUGAGCAUUCACCAAGAGGAGCCAGGCUGGGAAGAAGAUGAAGAGGAGUUCUUGGGGAUGUCACCCCUGCCUUGUGCAAACGUGAAAUUGCCAGAAGCAGCAGAGAAAGAAUCUGCCCCUGCAGCCCUGGAGGGAGACCACCCCACUGCUCCCAAGGGACCCUCAGAGGAAAGCUGGGCCGUCCUCCCUCCGGCGCCAGCCCCAGUAGAGGGGAGCCCCUCUGAGAGCAGUGAGAGCAUCUCCCUUGUGACUCAGAUUGCAAACCCUGCCUCUGUGCCUGCUGCGCAGCUACAGACUGGAGCGCAACCAGCCAGGGCUGGAGACCUCUCCCAGAAGCUGCUGGAGGCCACCUCGGAAGAGCAGAGCUCCCUGCCAAAGCCCCCAGAACCUGUUCAUCCUUCUGCACCUCCAUCCUCAGAGCAUCCGGCUGUUACAGAGCUCAAAGAGUUGGAGAGCAAAGCCCAGGGCAGGACAGAGACUCUGAAAGAGGAAGGACCAACAGAUCUACGUGUCUUUGAGCUGAACUCGGAUAGUGGGAAAUCCACCCCCUCCAACAAUGGCAAGAAAGGCUCCAGCACGGACAUCAGUGAGGACUGGGAAAAGGACUUUGAUUUGGACAUGACUGAAGAGGAGGUGCAGCUGGCGCUCUCGAAGGUGGAGGUGUCUGGGGAGCUGGAAGAUGAAGAGUGGGAAGACUGGGAAUAAAGCGACAGCUUCCAGUGUGUCACAGGCUCAUUUCCACCAUCGAAAGUGAAUUAAAUCACGGACCGGCUGUUCCUUUGUGUGUAACUGUGCUGGGGAUUGCAGCUCCAGGCUGGAGGAGUUUCAUUCCUGCUAUAAAUCCUGUGGGCAACUUGAGUGACCCCUUCAGACCUGGAGGAGGAGGAGGAAGCAGGAGGUCACUCGUACACGUAGCUGCUAGGGAGCUCAUCUUCUCAGUACGUCCUAGAGACCGGCCAAGCCCAAACUGACUGCCCCGAAAGCGAGGGGUGGAGGCAGAUGUGAUGUGGUGAGGGGGUCCCUGGGGCCAGCUGGGCACUCGGACACCUGGCAGGAUCUCCUGGUGCCACCGGGCUGCCAGCUGGCUGAUUGUUGGCUCCUGUGUGUGCGCGUUGUCUGUGGUACAGCACUUCAAAGGCUCUUGGACUCCAGCUGUGCCCCCUCGCUUGCCGCUCCGUGCUGCUGGCCAGGCUGUCCCUGGAGAAAGCCCCCGUGCAGGGAGCGGCUGGGGGCUGGAGAUGCUGCAGUAGAGGCCCCUCCUGCUCCUCUCUCAUUGCUGCAAAGAAAGGCAGUCGGCUUGUGGCUUUGGCCCAGAGCUGGGCCACAUUGGAAGGAGCCAAACUCCCUGCCAAACCCUGAGCUUCUGCCUGGCUUUUUGUCUUGGAAGGUUUUUCUAAUGGAAUCUCUCAUUUCCUCUAAGAGCCAAGACCUGCGGCUUCCCCCUUCGCAGCUGCCCUGCCUUCCCCUGCUGGGCUUUGUGUACUUAAACUUCCCAAGCAAAGUACUUGUGGCUUGCUCUUACUUGAGCCCCUCUGGGCCGGCAGUGACUCGGGCCCCCUGGGGGGCAGAACCCCUCCCUUUGUGGUGCCCAGCUCAGCCCUUGUGAAGCCCCAGUGACCACUUUAACCCCCACCGUGGCACCGAGGGUCGGCCCUUCCCUCGCCCAGCCUGGCAGGAGGCAGGAGCAUCCAAGUGUGGGUGGAACCUGCUGGCUGAGGCUGUGUCUGUCCACUAAUGUGUCCCUUCGUGUCCCACCCGUGGCCACCAGAGUCACAGGCCUGGCUGUGCUCACUCGGGUUCCUUCCCCUAAGCCCCCUGUGACCGCUUGCAAUUGCUUCCUCCGGACCCAAAUGCCUCUCUUUUUGGGGCGUUUCCCUUCUAAUGGCACGAGAAGCUCCUUGGUGGAUGUUGCUAAUUACAGUUGUCCUCAAGGGAUGGAGCCCUCGCUGCUGUCUCUGGCCUUUGGGGUGGUGGUUUUGUCCGUGCUACCCUUCCUUCUGCCCCUUCCAGGGCUGCUUGCUGGGACCUGUGGGUUUCCUUCUGGGUUUGGAUAGCAUUAACCUUGGGGAACUUGGAAGAGUUGGGGAAGGUUUUUUUGCCCCCAGCUUUGGGGAGAUGCUCAAACGUGGCUGCCCACACAGGUGGCUUGGUGGCCGUGGUGACUUUAGGCGCUUACACAAGAGGGUGUCUGUCCUGCCAAGCCCUCCCACGUGGUGUGGUGGGCCCUGCAGAGCCUCUGGGGUGUGCUGCAGCCUCACCUUGCCCUGGCCUUGAAUUUGGCUGUAGCAGGAAAACCUGGUGUGGGGAGGUGACAGUGGUGGGGGCGUCAGGGGCUGUGGUCCCUCGGGGUUUGGUGGUCUGAGUCGCGGCUGGGUCCCUGGGCCCACACCGAGCUCCGAGGGUGCAGUGCUCUCACCUGUGUCACUGCUUUUCUUUUCUUUUUUUUUUUUUUUUUUUUUUUUUUUAAUUCUUCAGUCAAAUUAACCUUUUGGUUGUCUGUGCAAUAUUCUCUGUUCUGAACUAUCUGAACCCCAUCUCCCUGAGUUUUUUUCUAGCUGGGGCGAGAAACCAGGAACAAUUCUAACAGCUGGUAGUUUUGUAACGAUGACUUUCUCCGAACCUUUUACAGACUUGCGGAUAACAGCGAUUAAAGGAAUUCUACAGAGUC